GAAUUGUUUCCAAAGGCUGCAAUAUCAGACUAUUUGGAGAUUUCCGACCAUCCUGUAGAUAAUUUCGCUCGUGAACUAACUGCUUUAGAGGAUCUGGAUAAUUUUGUCAAUUCAAUCUGGCGCGUUGUUGAGCAAUGUCAAACAAGCCAAAUUGCCCACAAUCUCUUUUUGGCUCGUGGUCGAACUAGCGGACUUUUACGUGCAAUACUUUGGCCCCGUCGUUCUGUUUACACCGCGAAGUCCCUCAGUCCACUUGAUUCGGUGGCUAUGACAAAUGGAGACAGUUACAACAUAGCGGUAGCUGAAUUGGCUGGUAUGUUCGUCGUAGCUGGUGACGAAGUGGCCGAACAACUGGUGCAACAUGGCGGCCUGUUCAAAGCGCUGAAGCACGAACGACUGUCUUCAGAUGUGAUCAAUCAUCUGAUAGCUAGCCUAUCCAGAGAUAAAAUGCAAUAA